CGCUCCAGUGUGGACGUACACAGCCGCGCGUUUCACAUCGCCAAUUGAUCGUUUGCAAGUUUGACCAUCUGCAAGAAGAAGUGUUAUUCCUUAAUUUGGACUUCAUUAUACCUUUGACAUUUGUCCGUGUAAACACAGCUAUCGUUGACUAGCUUUCAUCUUUUAUGCACUCUGGUAGUCGUUUGGAAGAUUUUCCCAAAAGUUUUCACUGGAAUCACAUGAAGAAAGAUAUAUUGGAUGAACUUGUGUCUCUGUUCCAGCAGCGGCAAGUAGAACAGUAUGGGCGUCCUUAGUACUCACAUGAACAUUGCCUUACAAGACUGAUGGACACCGCAUUCGGGAACUAGAAGGGGGUGGCGUUUAACCUCGACCGAAGCUUAUUAACAACCAGCGAUGUCAGGCGCGGUGGACAACACGUCUGGUUACAACGCCAGCAGCACGGAUGACAGUGCAUUCCCCCAACCAUCACACAUCGUGGUCACCGUCAUGCUGGUCACCUACAGUAUAGUGGGAGUAUUCGGAAAUGCUAUAGCAUUUUACAUUUUCUUUCGUCGGCGAGACAAGUCGACAUCAGUGAUAUUCAUACUUGCCCUGGCGGGAUGUGACUUCUUCACGUGUCUGGUUAUAAUCCCCUACACAAUCGCGUUUGAGAUGUUGCGAACUGUUGUUGUGUACGACGUCUUCUGUAAACUCUUCGUGUUUUUCCAAACAUCAAACAUACCGUUCUCUGCAUGUAUAAUGGUAGCCAUAGCCUUUGACAGAUAUUUCUGUAUUUGCCAUCCUUUCUUACACGUAUUUACAAUUGCAAGAGCUAAAAUAACUGUUGUGUGUCUUGCACUGAUGUCGGUAACUUUCGGCACACUCACGUCCCUGUCAUUCGGGGUGUAUGGGAAUGAAUACAUUAAUAUGACCGCAUAUGCAAAUAUAACGUUGAACCUGACGGAGACAGAAGUGAUCCACUAUUCGGCCCUGGAGGCGCCAGUCAAAGACCCCGGUACGUACGUCGUAGCGGACACGCCAGCACGGUAUGAAAACAUUACACAUUAUGAAAUCUCUGAAAUUAGAGUGGUUUACUCAGGAGCAUGUGGAAUCAACGAGUUCAUUGUAAGCGAAGAGUUCACCAACGGUUAUCAAAUGGUAUACACUGCUGUGUACAUGAUUUCCUUCAUAGCAGUGACCGUACUCUAUACUCUCAUCUACAAGUCAAUUCUUAUGAGAAGAGCCAAAAAGGCCAAGCGUAAGAAGAGAAGUCACUACCACAGCGUGGCUGGAGCUGAAGGUGCUCCUGGGGAGACACAAAUGACAUCUCUCAAUGGCAAUGCAAGAGCAGAAAAGAAUGAUAUUCCAGUAGAAAACCAAACCCAGGCUACGUCAAAGGGAUCGGUUAAACGACAAAGCACUUUGCGCGAGACUAACGUAUAUGCCAACAUUAAGACGGCAGCCAUGUUGUUUGUUGUUACAUUGGUGUUCAUCAUUGCGUUUCUGCCCUCAUGGCUGAUGGCACAUGGACUUCUGACCUUCAGACUUGUCGUAUUCUACAUGUAUUUUACAUAUAAUGUAGUUAAUCCUGUAAUUUACGCCUUCAUGAACCAAACAUUUAGAGAAGAUUUAAAACGACUUAUACCGUUUUUUAAAUGAGAUACGUCAAUGAGCCGUAUUCAUCGUCUUGUUUGUGUGACGCUUUGCUGUCGUUCAUGCUUCAUAUUGAAAUUGAUUGAUGUCCACAAAUUAGGAUCUCAAUAGUCCUAUUUUGACUCACAUGAUGGUUUAAUGAAGCCUAUCUUAAAGGUCGUAAUACGUUUUCUUUGCAAUAAAAGCCAUUGAUAUUUCA